AGCCCCACCCUGGAGUGGGUGGGUGGUAGCCUGAAUGGAGGAUCCCAUCCUGUGGGCUGGGUGGCCUCAGGGGGAUGUUCAAGAGCUCUGCUUCAGAGCCCUCAUUUCCACACUACACUCACUUUGGACAGCAGAUUUCAGAGUGACCUUACACAGUAGUGUUACUUGGAGAAGGUGCAUAGAAUAUUUGACAUGGCUCCCAAAGGCUCUUCAAGUAAAAAGGAUGAUUAUAAAAAAGCACAAGUCAAGCAGUGUGGAAAACGGAAAGCAAGACCUCCACACAAAUUUACACAGGAUGAAUUACAGAUUCUGAAACGAUCAUUUGAAGAGAAUCCUUACCCUAAUUACAGCACCAAGGUGGAACUUGCCAGAGUACUUCAGUGCCAAUUGUAUGUCAUUGAUAAUUGGUUCCAAGGUCAAAGAUGCAGACUACCACCUGCAGAGAAAAAGAGAAUCUUUGCCAUGAAAAAAUUAAACCGUUUCCUUGUCCAGAAGUCUCAGUCGCUGCUCUCCCCUAAUAGCCUGGCACAAUUAGACAACUCUUCCAUGCAGGACACCACCUUGCAUGACCAGGAGACACUACUACACAGAGGUGGCUUCUCUUACCUGGAAACACAGGCCAUUCCCAGUGGAUGUGUUUGCUCAGGUGAUGCUGCGUUCACAGGUAUUGAAGAGGAUCCAAGAAGUCCCCUGGAGUUUCAAAAUUUACCAGAAAGUGGAGCUUCUUAUACUUCUCCACCAGCCAAAUUUAUUUAUUCUAAUACAUCUUUGCAGUAUUUUGAAAGUGCCAGAUAUGAGCCAGAAAAUAGCUACUAUUCUUUGCCCUUUACUCCCCAUGAUAUUUUCACUGGCCAGGGGACAGGCCAGCAGCAAGAAGGGCAGAAGGUCUAUUUUCAGUGUAUGACAUUUCAAGGACAGCAGGGAAGCCCCUGGGAAUACCGUGUGCAGCAGCUUCCACAGCCCCAGUAUUACCUAGAGAAUUACCAGUUGCCAUCCCAUGACCAAUUUUUGGCAAACCAGAAUCCAAGUGACUUAGGACAACAGGAGCCCAACCUUGCAUCGGAACAGCAAAGUCCUGGGGCUUCUCUGAGCUCUCUGCUGCAGCAGGCGCCCAUGCAAAUAGCAGAAAGGUCUCCAUCACCUCUUUGGUAAGGGAUGCAGCAGGUUCCUGAUGAGAUUUCAAUAUCUGAAGUCCAGCAGCACCUUGAGAAUGGCUGUCCACUGGUUAAACUCUAAGUGUGGUAGGAAGUGAUAGAAGGACUGAGAAAGAUAGAUCACCCUGUCUGCACAGAGGGAAGGAAGGGAAAGGUCUGUCACUUGCAGAAAUUCACUGUUUUUUAAAUUAACUCCACCAGGAUGAUUAAGACAAGAAUUUUGUGAAUGUGUAUGAAAUAGUACUAUUUUGAGUCAUUGAAUUACAUAUAUACACAGUUACCACAUUUCUGAAAAAUGGCACCUUUACUUCUAGCAAUUAUAUUUAUUUUUAUUUAUUGCAUGAGUUAAAACUGUCAUGGUAUAUGGAAUCACAACAGUGAGAGGCCAGAGCACUGCCUGCCCCGCCUAGCUUCAACUUCAGCUUGGGCAUGCGUUAUCAGUUUCUGCCAAGUACUCUUUUGGUUUCUCUUUCAGGAUCUUAAUAUCAUCUGCCUGUACAAAUUUUGAGUUUUAAAAUGCUUUAGUCUAUGGCAAAAAUGUGAUUUUGUUUUUCUUUAAAGUUCUUGUAGUCAUUUAAAUAGAUUUUUCUUACAGUAACUAAUUUUGGUUAACUGGUCAUUACUGUAGGGAGCUUCACCUCUGUGACAUGUCAACAGACCCUUGUUUUAACGAAUAAUUUGUGUGUGCAUAGUUUUCCCAGGGCGGUUUUCUUCUUGUCACUGUUUUGCCUCACUCAGCUGUGCAGUACCAGGACCUACAGCUACACCUCUGUGCCAUCCUAAGGAACAUUCUGUUCCACAGUAACUCAGCUAAUCCAAGCAUGUGUACUUAAGCAUUGCUGGAUCACUUUUCCUAACAUGUUGAUUCAAACUUUUCCAUGGUAUGUUCAUGAAUAAAUUGUACUCAUUUUUUACUUUCCCACUGCGAUUACCGGUAGGGUUUGGGGGUCUGUUUAGUUAGUAUGGAAAAUGUGCUUUUAUUAUGAUACUCUUAGAUUCUUAUACAAAAUGGUAUUUCUUCAUUAAAGUUUUAAAAUUUU